UCUUCUGCUUCACCUUAUGUUUACCUUACUCAACCUCUCUCUCUCUCUCUCUCUCUUGUUUAUGAGUUUGAGUGGUUGAGUUUUCACUGUUAUCUGAUUUUCUUUCUCCUUUUGAAAAUGGUAUUGUUACAUUUGUGCCAUUUCUAACUACACCAUUUUCUGUUGCUCUCUCACAAUUAUCUAUAUUUAUUCUCCGAUUUUGAAGUUUUAACCGUUUAAGGUUUAGUUUAUGCGUCUUCAUCUCCACGGAUCAAUGUGGCAUUGCUUUCACCUUUAGUGAUGUAAAUCCAUUCUAGCUAGCUACAAUUUUGCAAUAAAAAUCACUUUUUGUAAUUGUGAUUGUGUUGUAGUAGAUGUAAGAAAUGGUUUUAGGUGUGAGGAUGAAAACCGAGAAAGGGCCUUCGAUUGAGGCUGACUACGUUGUUCAUAUAGUGGAGGUGAAGCCAUGGCCUCCUUCUCAGUCUCUGAGAAGAUUAGGCUCUGUUGUGAUUCACUGGGAGCAUAGUGAUGGGAGCUGUGGCUUCACCAAUCAAGCUGUGCCUGGAAAUGGAAGGAUUGAAUUCAAUGAAUGUUUUGGAUUGAGGGAAAAUGGGGAUGCUUGCAUUGAGUUUAAUCUCUAUGAGCCAAGAUGGGACAAGGGUUUGAAAGGGCAGCUGCUGGCAAGUGUAGUUCUUGAUUUGGGUGCUUAUGGUGUUAUUGAGAAAGGUUUGAGCAUUAGCACUCCCAUUCAUUGCAAGAGGACUUAUAGGAAUGCUGCUCAACCGCUUCUUCUCCUCAAAAUCGAACCGGCCACCUCCUCCUUGAGAGAGUCUGUUUCUUCAUUGAUGAGUGAGGAAUAUGCAGAAGAAGCAUCGUCUACUACUGAUCAUGAUCCUGAUCAAUCUUCCCCAAAUGCCGCUUCCUCGGCUUUAAACCAGAAGAUUGCAGUGAAUGGUAGUGCAGAAGUUGGCCAUCGGGAGCAGGCCACUGAAUCCUCCUUGUCCAUGGAUUUGUCGUCUGAUAUUGAAUGGAUAUCGAGAAGGAUUGGAUCUCACAGUUUGCAGUCAUCUGCUGUGAAAGAAGCAGAUAAAAGGCUGAGAUCCAAUCACAGGGAAGAAGAGGGGAUUGUUGCAGCUGGUAAAAGGGAUGCGAGAAUCCGGAUUAGCUCUGAGGCGUCGAGAGCAGUGAUGAAUCGAAAUUCUGGCGGUGGUUCAUCUACUAGUGCAGAGGAACUGCUUGUGGAUGGAAGAACAAACUCUCCACCUCUAAACAAACGAGUGGAAGAGGAAGGGGAAGAGGAAGAGGAAAAUUUCGAGAAUGAGGUGCGAAACAUAUAUCAAGUUGAAAGAAUGGUAUUGGAAAAUGGUGUGGCUUCUUCGACCAGAAGAAACCAUCACGUGACAGGCUCGAUAAGCAGUGAGCGCAAGGUGUGUAGAAUGGAAACAAGGAGCCUUGUUUCAGAAGGGCGAAUUCAGCAAUUGGAAAACAGGAUAAAGAUUUUGGAGGGAGAAUUGAGGGAAGCAGCAGCCCUUGAGGUGAGCCUCUACUCGGUCGUAGCAGAACAUGGAAGCUCCACGAGUAAAGUCCAUUCUCCAGCGCGGCGCCUCUCAAGGCUAUAUUUCAAUGCCAAUAAACAGAACCCGAAAUCAGGGAGAGAAAGUGCUUCUGAAAGUAUUGUGUCUGGAUUAGUUUUAGCUGCCAAAGCAUGUGGCAAUGAUGUUCCUAGGUAUGCCUUUCAUCACUCAAUACCUUCCUUAUUUGCCCUCAUGUUGAUGUAUCUAUGCAAUGAAGUUCUUGAUUUAGACCUUAACCGAAAUUGA